UAACAAGAUUAUUCCACGUAAUAAGGUAUAGUGAUUUUUUCGGAUCCUUAAAAAAGAGGUGUUCCUUACAAUCUGCAGAACAGAAGCAUAAUUCUUUAUUCUGGAUCAAUCUAAGGUUGUUGAAUGAGUAUGUCUGAAAACGAAGGACACGCUGAAUACACAGAAACCGAACCCUCUGCACUUGCCCAAAAACGUAGAUUAAGGGAUAGGUCCAAGGAGGUAUUGUCCAAACAAGCCGUUAAAAUCGCAAAACGUGCUGAAGAACACGAAAGUUUCAUCAACAAGGUUACUCAUUUAUUGGGUGUUCUUGGAUUUGGUUGGUUUUGUUUUCUCUUAGGGGCAAGACCACAAGAUAUUCCUUUAGUCUAUUGUUUGUUCUACUUUGUCUUUGUUCCUCUUCGUUGGAUAUACUAUAGAUUCAAGAAAUGGCAUUACUAUCUCCUGGAUUUUUGCUACUAUGCCAAUACAAUCUUCUUGGUUUACCUUAUAUUUUAUCCAACAAACGAAAAGCUUUUUCUGGUUUGCUUUUCAUUUGCUGAGGGGCCGUUAGCAUGGGCUUUGAUUGUUUGGCGUUGUAGUUUGGUGUUCAGUUCUGUUGACAAAAUUGUUAGUGUUCUUAUCCAUCUUUUACCUGGAUUGGUUUUCUUUACCAUUCGAUGGUGGAACCCUGCGACUUUAGAAGCCAUGCGACCAGAGGGAACUGCUGAAAGAGUUACAUGGCCUUAUAUUGAAGAUAAAUCCUAUCUUUUCACAUGGUUGUUUCUAGUUCCUUUAGUAGUUUACACCCUGUGGCAGGUUCUAUACUUCCUAAUUGUCAACGUCUUACGUCGACAACGGUUUUUAAGAGAUCCUGAAGUCAUGACCUCAUACAGGGAACUCUCGAAAAAAGCUCAGAAAGCAAACAACAUGUGGUGGCGCUUAAGCGGCUUGCUUGGUGAUCAAAACCGGUUGUUAAUGUUCAUUGUUCUUCAAGGGAUGUUUACGGUGGCAACAAUGGCGCUGACUGUUACGAUAUUCUUGUCAUACGAAUUGUCGGUUGUUUUCCAAAUACUGAAGGUUUCUGCAUCAGUGUGGAAUGGUGCAGGCUUUCUGUUGGAGGUAAUGCCUAGGCAGGUAAUUCUCAAGGAGAAAAAGAAAUCUGAGAUGCAAACUGUUCCAAUUCAAAAUGAUCAAUCAUAAGAUGAUGAUGAAGUUAAAAUUGAUAGGAGUUCAACAAUUCUGUUGAGGUUGUAGUUUUACUAUGUUUCUGUGAAAAUGGUAGUGAAGUUGAUGAUGGAAUACACCAAUGUAUAUUCUCAGUUUUUUCCCCUUAAAUUCUAUUAUUCUAAGUUCGUUUAUUCUAAUGGCUGCUAUGUAGAGCAAUGUCUUGAAAAAUAUGAUAUCAAGCUUUAGUUUUUUUGUAUUCACAUCUGAAAUUCAAUGAGCUUCUGUUUUAUACAAG